AUGGCGAGCCGACAAAUCACACGGCGCAUUGUCACCAGCGCAUCGAUCGCACUAUGCCUCAUCUUCUUCCUGUUUAUUCGACCACAGGGGCCACCGAGUCCCGCCAUCCGCGCCCCAGGCCACAUCGACCACUCGGCACCGGCAUCCGCACCGGGGAUAACCAUCCAAGAUAGCACACUGAAGGGCGAUGUGAUAAUGCCGAAACUAGGCAAUGAGACUGUCAAUGGAGAAUGUGCGGAGCAUUUCAUGCAGCAUUUGAGUAAGUAUCCGCCUCAGGUUUCGUCGCGAAAUGCAGCUUCGGGCUGGGCUUGCUUCGUUCAUAACGAGGUCAAUACCAUGCUCGACAAGCCUGAGUUUGACUGCACCAAUCUAGGGGAAUUCUAUGACUGCGGUUGCGGUGGGGAUGAGAAGGAGGGUGAGCCCAAGGAGGUGUCGGCUGCUUCUCGGCCUGAUACUGGGAAGGAGGGCACAGGGCAACAUGAUGGCCCUGCUGUGGAGAUCUCGAAGGAAGAGACAACUCGCGGUUGA